AUGGUGACAAUUCCAUUGUAUAGUGACUCAACUUAUAUGUGUUUGUGUUCUGAUAUUUGCUCAAGGUUUGAUGAGUUGGAGGUCGGAGCUUUUGAGAUCACAUACCUUGUAGCUGACUAUCCUCCAUAUUUACUGGAAUCUGAUUUAGAUGUGCGUGUUAUGUAUUUGUCAUUAUUGAACGAGAAGAAAAAUAUUGUCACCAUCGCUGUCAAGGAAUGUCAGUUGCUUGAUGAGGGGUAA